AUGGCUGCUAAUGACCUGGAUGCAUGGAUGGAGGCGCUCGUGGAGGGGCUGGAAACAGCGGGCACCUUGCCCUUCGCCGAGGUGAACUCCGUCCUGGACCUCCUCGUGCAGCUCGCGGGGACGGGCCCUCCCCAGCUGCUCCCCCCCAAGAAGGACUAUUUCCUCAACAACAAGUACGUUGGGAGAAACGUCAAGUACCAGGGUUACGACUACUACGAUGUCAGCGUGUUCGAAGCCGACAUUCAGUCACUCAUUGCCAGCGAAGAGUGUCAGUUCCAUGACACCAUUCAAAAGACUCUUCAGAUAAUGGAGGCGGCGCCUGGCACAGGGCUUCCUGCCAUCGGGUUGUUUUCGCAGAGCUACCCUGCCGGUGACAAGUUUGAAAAGGAAACGCGCGUCUCGCUCUUUGGUGCUCUCGUCCAUAGCCGUACAUAUGAUAUGGACAUCAAGCUGGAUUUGCCGCCGGUACCUGACAAUGCAGAUUUGUCUGGUCUUGCAAUUAAAGUUCCACAAAGCAUAGACCAGUCUGAAGAUGAGGGGUUCCAGUCAGCAUCCAAUUUGACUCCUGAUUCUCAGUCAGAACCAAGCAUGACUCCAGACAUAGACCUUUGGGAUGCAGUGCUUACAUAUGGACCCAGCAAACGAAGGUGCUGGGAAAGAAUUGGAUACCCACCUGGUAAGAAAGAGGAGCCAUACCUUACAGAAGCUGGGAGAGAAGCUUUCGAUAAAUUUUACAGACUUCGAGAAGGGGAAUUACAGCUAUUUAGUAAUACCAUCCUCCAGCUUCCUCAGCUAGUGUUAAUGAAAGAAUCCGAACUAGUUAAGGAUGUCUUGAAUGUUCUUAUUGGUGUGGUGUCUGCUACAUUUUCACUUAACCAGGUUGCUCAGAUAUUUGUGAUAAAGGAGGGGGUAUAUGUAUCUGGAACAUCACCUGAGAGCAUGAACAAUCUCCUAUCAGAAGUUGCUGAAUAUGGAACCUAUUACACGCGACUGAGUCGUUUCUCUCUUCAGCCAAUCUUAGACUCUUCAUACAAGAGAGGACUGGUAUUCCAGGCGUUCACAAGUGGACUGAGAAAGUACCUCCAGUAUUACAGAGCAUGUGUGUUGUCAACACCUUCUACUUUAAGCCUUCUAACAAUUAGCUUUCUCUUCAGAAAAUUAGGGCGUCAGUUAAGGUAUUUAGCUGAACUUUGUGGCAUAGGAAAUGCUGCUCUGGGGAUCAGUGGAGGGGCCAGUGCUUCAUUUCCUAUGGGAGUGAAAUUGCUGUCAUACUUGUACAAAGAGGCUCUUGAUAACUGCAGUAAUGAACAUUACCCAGUUCUUCUGUCUUUGUUAAAAACCAGCUGUGAACCAUAUACAAGAUUUAUCUAUGAUUGGGUGUAUAGUGGUGUAUUCAGGGACGUUUAUGGAGAGUUCAUGAUCCAAGUAAAUGAGGAUUAUCUCGGUUUCAGAGAUAAACAUUAUUGGACCCAUGGAUAUGUUUUGAUUUCCAAAGAAGUAGAAGAUUGUGUCCCUAUUUUUUUGAAGCAUAUUGCCAAUGAUGUAUACAUUUGUGGGAAAACCAUAAACUUACUGAAACUGUGUUGUCCUAGGCAUUACAUAUGCUGGUCAGAUAUCCCUGUUCCUCGGAUUUCUGUCAUAUUUUCUCUAGAGGAGCUGAAAGAGAUUGAGAGAGAUUGUGCAAUAUAUGUGGGUCGAAUGGAAAGAAUUGCCCGUUAUAGUUCUAUAAGCAAGGAAGAAAAGGAUUUGCGUAUUGAAAUUGCAAAGCAAGAGUUAAUUGUUCAUGCUCGAGAAACAGCUAAUAAAGCAUUAAAAGCCAUUAAUGAUCGACAGAUGGCAGAAAAAAUGACUUUGGAUGCAAAGAAACGUGAACGGUUUCAGAAAUUGAAAGAGCAGUUUGCAAAGGAACAAGAGCGCCGCCUUGCAUUGAAGCAGGAGGAGAUUGAUGAUGAUUUCAGUUAUGCACGGGAGCUGAGAGAGAGAGAAAGAAGACUAAAAGCUUUAGAAGAAGAAUUGGAAAAAAAGGCAAGGCAAGAAUUAAUUGACCAUUAUAGUAAACUUUCUGAUGAUGCAGCUCGUAGGGAGCAGAGGGCUUUGUGGAAAAUCCAGCGGUACAAACUGGAAACAGCCCGUCUCAAGUUCCUGUUAGAAGAUCAAAAACACAUUGAGGAGAUGCUUGAAAAACUUCCAGAUGGGAAAUUUAGGAAGAAAUUAGAUGUUAUUCCUUAUGAACAGCACCAGACACUUCCAGUUACAAACGCUGUUGGAGAUCCAAGUUCUCAGGUGUCUUCUCUGGAACCUGUACAUUUGGUUGAGAAAGUUGGCAAAGAUGAUUCUGAAUCUGGAAUGGAAAAUGUUACUUCUUCCCAUAAGCCAUUGGCUUUACUACAGUCAGUAAAUAAUCCUAUUAGUCAGCAUUCUGAGUCAGCAGCAGAACAAAGUACAGAGCAAACAUGGAGUCCAUCACAUAGUGCUAACUCCCUGCCUGAAUCCCAUGUGAAUAUUGAAGAUUUCUUACCAAAACCACAGGAUGAACAACCUGUUCCCAUUAGCAUGCAAGGAUCUUUGCUAGAUGAAGCAUUUCAAAAUAUUGACUCAGAUCUUUCUCAAGUAGGUGAAAAUCAGGCUAUUUUGAAAGAAGCAUUACAAGGAGAAAGUGAUACACAUUUACAUAAGCAAAAUGAAUAUGAUUUUAAUACAGUUCUCAGGCCAUCUGCUGUUUUACAAGGACAUAUCGGAGUUGGAGAAAAUGUGUUUGAUGUGGAAAAUAGGAGGCCUCGGUGGAAUAUUCAUGGACAUGCAUCUGAUGCCAACAUUAAAAUAGGGGAAUAUGUACCUCAGCCAGAGACUUACCAGUUGCACUUAAAGUCUUAUGGUCAUUCUUCAGAUUCACACAUAAAAAUUGGGGGGUACGCUUCUGAAGUUGAACCUAGCCAGCUUCGGUGGAAUAUCCACGGGCAUGUUUCUGAUGCCCAUAUUAAAGUUGGGGAAUAUGCUUCAGAGGUACAACCCUCAAGGCCCAGGUGGAAUAUUCAUGGGCACGCCUCAGAAGCCAAUAUUAAGAUUGGUGAGUAUGUAUCAAACGUAGAGCCUGCAAGGCCUCGGUGGAAUAUCCAUGGUCAUGCAUCUGAUGCCAAUAUCAAGAUUGGACAAAAUGUAUCUGAGAUUGUACCCUCUAGGCCCAGGUGGAACAUCCAUGGACAUGCUUCCCAGUCUCACAUAAAAAUUGGAGAGUUAGUUUCUGAUGCAGAGCCUUUAAAACCUCGUUGGAGCCCUUUUGGCCAUGCAUCUCAAUCAAGCAUUCAAAUAGGUGAGUGGGCCCCUUCUACCGAAAAUGAUCCAUUGCCUCAUCGUAAACCUAUCUGUGGUCCCUCAUCUGACUCUAUGGUUCAGACAUUUCUGUAUAACAGAUCAGGUUCUCCUGUUGAUGGAAGUACAAGAGAUAAUAAAACAUCAGGUGGCAAGGGAGAAGAUUUGCCAAAGUUACAGUCCUGUGACAAGGGUCCAGUCCUUUCAGAUUCUAAUACUGAAAAUGAUGGAAAGCAAGAAAACCUCAUAAGAGAGAAAGAAAAGCAAGAAGUUAUUGCAAAUGACGUCAUCAGGGAUCUCCCUAGAGAGACUCCCCAGCGUUCACAGACAGAAGAACCUGAAAAGUCAACGGUACCGAAUAUUAUAUCUCAAGAAACUUUACUUUGUGAGCCUAGUGCUUCUGAGGCUAAAGAGAAAGGAGGUGAUGAUGAUGAUACCUGGAAGAAAGAACAAGCUUAUCUGAAAGCCUUAUCAGACCAAUACUGUCUUGAAAAGUACCAAGACAGCUAUGAUUUGAUGUCAGAGCUUCCAGUUUCCCAUCUCUUACAUCAUGUCAUACCAAGAUCAUACACUUUCCCAGUGGAUCCUCUGAUGCAGUCAGCAACAGAUGAAACAGCUGUACAACUAAGUGAGCUCUUAUCUCUGCCAGUGCUGAUGAAACGUUCUAUUACUGCUCCCUUAGUAUCUCAUGUUUCCCUAGUGAACAAAGCAGUAGUUGAUUACUACUUUGUGGAACUGAAUGUAGAGAAGCAUUUUGAAGCACUAAGACACUUUUUGUUAAUGGAAGAUGGGGAGUUUGCACAGUCACUCAGUGACCUACUAUUUGAGAAGCUUGGAUCAGGGCAAACGCCUGGUGAACUGUUGAAUCCACUGGUUCUCAACUCUAUCUUAAAUAAAGCCUUGCAGUAUAGUCUUCAUGGAGACACCCAGCUGGCAUCUAAUCUUUCUUUUGCGCUGAAGUACCUUCCAGAAAUGUUCAAACCCAAUGCUCCUGAUGCUUUGAGCUGCUUAGAGCUAAGGUACAAGGUUGACUGGCCUCUGAACAUUGUCAUUACAGAGAGCUGCAUGAAUAAAUACAACAAGAUCUUCUCCUUUUUGUUACAGUUGAAGCAUAUGGUUUGGACUCUCAAGGAUGUUUGGUUCCACUUGAAACGCACUGCCUUAGUGAGUCGAGCAUCGAAUUCUGUUCAGUUUCGGCAGCUUCAGCUGUAUAAACAUGAAAUGCAGCACUUUGUAAAAGUUAUCCAGGGUUACAUAGCUAACCAGAUUUUGCAUGUUACGUGGUGUGAGUUUGGAAACAAACUGUCUUCUGUAGGAAACCUGGAAGAGAUUCAUAGAACACAUGCAGAAUACCUCAACAAAGCAAUCUUCCGGGGUCUACUGACUGAAAAGGCAGCCCCAGUGAUGAACAUCAUUCACAGUAUCUUCAGUCUUAUUUUGAAAUUUCGCAGUCAAUUAAUCUCUCAGUCAUGGAGCUUUGAUACUGGGAAGCAAAUGGCCAUUCAUCCCAACUUUGGUUUGAUGCAGCAAUCUUACAAUACCUUCAAAUAUUAUUCGCACUUUUUAUUCAAAGUGGUAACUAAACUUGUAAAUAGGGGAUACCAACCACAUCUAGAGGACUUCCUGCUACGAAUCAACUUUAAUAAUUACUAUAAGGAUAACUGAGCUCAAGCAUGCUGUAAGGACUACUGAUAGCAUGGUAAAGGAGAUACAGAUAUACCUAUGUGCUUAUUAUUCAUUUGUACGCUGAUGUCAUGCCAGAUGCAUUUUUUUUCUUUAAGAAACAGGCCAUUGUGUAAAACAACGUGAAGAGUAUAGCCACAAUAAACAGAAUCCAGUCAGACUUACAGAGCACAUGCCCAGACAAGGGCAUACAAAUGUAAAUCUGUGAAUGUGUAAAUUUCACUUUUCUGUGUAAUGAAUUUAUGUCCCAUGUAAAUACUUGUUUGUGAAAUAAACAAAUUCUUUUUUC